AAAAAGACAAUGAUUGACUGGUUCUUGGACGACACUGAUUGUCAUACACGGAUUAGCAGAUCAUCUUAUAAGCGUGCAUUCGGAUCACCACACAACAAGCAGUCGGACAGAGUGAAAGAAAAUAAUGGCACAACAGGGUUACCCACCUCCGGGUGCUCCACCACAGCAAGGCUAUGGGGCACCUCCACAGGGUUAUGGUGCACCUCCACCACAGCAAGGCUAUGGUGCACCUCCACCACAGCAAGGCUAUGGUGCACCUCCACCACAGCAAGGCUAUGGUGCACCUCCACCACAGCAAGGCUAUGGUGCACCUCCACCACAGCAAGGCUAUGGUGCACCUCCACCACAGCAAGGCUAUGGUGCACCUCCACCACAGCAAGGCUAUGGGGCACCUGCACCACCAGGAACUGUUCAACAAGGGGCUCAGUCUGCAGCCUGGACUCCCAAUGCUGUCGCUGAGGGCGCCCCUCCUCACAAGUUUGACAAUGCUGCCGAUUCCGACCCGGAAGAUAACGAGAACGCGACCGAGGGCGGCGACGAAAAUCCCGAUGUGAAUUCGUUGGAACCUGUGCCGGGAUAUGAGACUGUGGCAUUUAUGGAUGGCCCCCCAGUGCCUCCCCCUGCUUACGAACCUCCUUCGGAAAGUGAUCGCCCUCAAGAAGUCUUUGACUCGAGAGAUGGUAUCGGAGAGGAGGCAGUAAGGGCGGCCAUUUUGGCCUUCGUUGACAAACAUUGCUGCUACGGUUCCAGACCGGCCAAGAACAUGACCAUCAGCAAGAUCAUUCCAAGUCAAGCGCUCCAUUACCAGCUGGAGACCUUCAAUGAAGCGAGGUCCACUAGUCGGAAGUUCAAGCCCUACGCUGGCGGCUACGUAGACGGGCCCGAGAACGGUGCGCCCCCGCCUGUGUGGUCCAUGGCUUGCAAGCCGGACCAACAGUUCUUCACUCACAAGAAGAAUCUAGAAGUCCCUCACACUUCGAUUGUCAGGCAAUGCCAUCGGUGUCAAGGAUGUGGUUUUGUGAUGUGCGGACGCUGUCAUGGACGGGGACGGGUUCGUUGCAGCUCAUGUCAUGGAAGUGGCCGUAGGACUGUCCACCGUGACGGUAAAUCCCAUCGUGUGAGUUGCAGCUGGUGCCACGGUUCGGGACGACGCAGAUGUGGCCGUUGCGGGGGUGACGGUCGAGUCACAUGCCCGACUUGUCAAGGGCACAGACAGCUUCGUCACUUCAUUCUGCUGACUGUCUCCUACACCAACAAUUUGGAGGACUACAUCUUGGAACGCUCGGACAUGCCUGACGAGCUGAUUAGGAGCGUCAGCGGGCAGACCAUCUUCCAGCAGACGUUGCCUUUUGUGUGGCCUAUAUCCCAAUACCCCGUCCAAGAAGUCAACCAGAAUUCCAUUCGUCUGGUUGAUAAACAUCGCACCGCCUGGCCAAAUGCUAUGACUCUGCAACAGCGUCAGACACUUCGCUCCGUACCCGUGACCGAAGCCCACUACGACUGGAAGGACAUCAGUACCCGUUUCUGGGUCUACGGCUUUGAGCAUGAGGUCCACGCCCCGGACUACCCCCACCAGUGCUGCUGGGGAUGUAACGUCUUGUAAGGUCAACUCCAGGGGUCAGCUGAGGUCAAACUGCAGGGUCAGCUGGGGUCAAGCUGAGGGGUCAGCUAGAGACAAAAUGAGGGGUCAACUGGGGUCAAAGUCAGGGAUCAGCUGGGGUCAAACUGAAUGGUUAGCUGGGGUCAAAGUGAGGGGUCAGCUAAGGUCAAGCUCAGGGGUCAGCUGGAAUCAAAGUGAGGGAUCAGCUAGGGUCAAACUGAAGGGUCAGCUGGGGUCAAGCUCAGGGGUCAGCUAAGGUCAAGCUGAGGGGUCAGUUAAGAUCAAGCUGAGGGGUCAACUUGGCCUAAACUGAGGUCAAGUGACCUGAGUGUUCAAAAGUGCAUCAUUCUCGACAAAUUAAAUCAGAAAGCUGCACAGCUACUUUUUUAUUUGAAUUGUUUAACUUUUUAUGAUCAAAUGUGGGUUCAAGUUUUCAAAUUGCUGGCAGUCCGAAAUGUCUGCCUUUGAUUCAUGAACCUUUUACAAUGUCUGUAUGACAUGUACUUGUACAGUACAACUGGAUCUGUAAAUUGUAUGUGUUCGUAAAUGUUCAUGAUUGGUGUGAAUUGUGCUUGGUUUUAACAUAAUUAAAAGAACUGUAAUGCUAACAAUGAUAUGUAGAGGUACUUGAGUAUAUCCAACUCAAAAUAUGUAAUCUGCAAAGUGCCUAGUCUCCAAGCAGUUUUAGAAAUCAGUUAGCCCCAGUGUGAAGUAUGUAUUAAAAAUAUAUAAAUUCAGUACAUUAAGUAUUUUAACAUAAAUUCAGUACAUUGAGUAUUUUAAGCAGUUUCUCAGGCCAAAUUGACGGAGGUGUUAAGCACAGUAUUAUGCUUAAUAUAUAGAAGGUAUUUGUCUAGCAAAAUGUGAAGGUUCCCUGCGUGUUUUUUGCUCAGUACAUCAAUUUGCCAAGCAGUGUUGUCUGUCAAGCUCCUUGAGAUUCGGAUCUGAUCUUCAGAGUGUUUGCUAGAAAAAGGACAAUCUUUUGACGUCUUAGUUAUAUUUUUUUUUAAAUUAAUAUUAUUCUUGUGUAUAUAUUGUAUUGUAUCUAUCUAUCUACUAUUG